AACACUGGCGGCAACCAAAACAAAGAGGCGCCGCUGAUGACGCUUGGCCACGGCUCCUCAACAGUACCCGCAGACCUCCUCUAACACGUGACCCAGCAGCUGACUAAAUCACUGAAGAAGGAGAAGAGGAAGAGGAAGUCACACACACACACACACCCUUCACCGCCUCCACCAUGGUAUACCUGCACUUCCCCAGCAAUCUCACGGAGGAGGAACAGAUGCUUCAGGCCAAGUACCAGAAGCUGCGGCGAAAGAAAAAAGCUCUCCAUGCCCUCAAAGCCCCCAAACAAGAGCCAGAGCCGCUUGUGCCCCUCAAGCGUCCAAUGGAAGCCAAGGAUGCUAAGGAGAUGGCCAAGAAACUCAUCAAGUCAGGCGCCAUUAAGGUUCCUGAGAGGCCACAGGCAGCCACCGAAAAGACCACAUUCAAACGGUCAAUGGGUCUUGAGAGAAAGUUAUCAGCGGCUGACAAGGCUCCAUCUGGCUACCAACCCUUCUCUACAACCCACCCAGAGGAAGAAAUCCACGAGUCCAGGGUCAAAGUAAAGCAAAACCUGUAUGACAGUUUUGUGACAGCGCGGGAUCGAGAAGAGCGCGGCGACUUUGCCAGAGAUGGUCGAGGAUCUGACGGCAAGCCCAGACAGGGACACACCAUCUAUGUUUACGGCUACCACAUAUCAGAGGAGGUUCUCAAGAAGGCUUUCUCCACUUUUGGGAACAUUGUCAAUGUCAAUAUGGAGAUUGAAAAAAAUUGUGGCUUUGUUACAUUCGACAAGGUUGAAUCUGCAGAGAAGGCCAUAGCUGAUAUGAAUGGCAGCAUGGUGUCCGGCAUUCAGCUCAAAGUAUCACUGGCUCGCCGGCAGCCCGUCAUUGACCCCAUCAAUGAUGCUUCCUCAUCAGCGACCUGGUCCACCAUUGCUGCAAGUCACUCCCAGAAGGGCUCACACAAGGACAAGAGGGAUUUGGUGACAUAUGAUGAUGACUUUUUCUAGGCGGCUGCUGCUGCUGCUGCACCACAGUAUGCACACCCCAAAUUGAGCAAAAGUAACGUUUAACUCUGCCCCAGGACACGUGCCUGCCUCAGUUAUCAAUGCAGCAAGGUAUAUCAAGGUGGCAUGGCAGUAAGCCACCACCUCGAAUGAUAUUGCCUUAAUCAAGGUAAAUGGUCAAAGCUGUAUUUUUUCUAUUGCUGUAUGGCACAUUUCUUUCAUUUUACUGAAAAGAAUUAACAAAAAGUUUUGUACAAGAAUGGACAGCUGCACUAAGUCUGUGUCUUCACAGUCUAUGAUGCGCCAAAGUUUAGAUGAGUUCUGAGAUCCUCAUUGUCUAUGUUACACAGAAAAAUAAAUAAAUAAAUAAAAGUUUAAAAUGGUGAUUAUGAUAAUGACCCAUUCAUUAGCUAAAGCACAUUUAGUAUCAAAAGCAGCAAACUCUUGUAAUGUGUUAAUUUUGACACAACACUGCAAGCUCUUAGUAGUGUAAAAGUAUCGCACAGGGUUUAAUUUGGGAUCCCAAAUGGAAAUGUAAGGAUAAUGGGAUAUUCAAGAGAGCAAUGCUACGGGCCUAAGGGUAACCAAAGUGGAAACUGCUAUCAGCUGAAGAUGUUGCUCACCACCCUUAUAGUGUGUUGGAUUCGUUAUUCCAAAUAUAGUUUUUUAUUUCAAAAAUAAAGGAAUACAUAUGAAAAACUAUUCCAUAGUAAAACUAAGAAAAUUUCAAUAGAAGGUAUUUACCAAGGAGUCUCCAUGGUGUGACUAUGGAGCAACAAGGGCAGUCACAGGCAAUGCUCCAGUGUGGGUUGGGGCCAGUGCAGGCUGACCAGCACACGAUAUGAAGUAGCAUCCUGUCCUGAGAAUCCCAACAGCAGGCCAUAAUUUUCUGGCUCAACAUUCCUGCUUCAGUAUCUCACUUUUUUUAUGGAUUUUGUUGAAAUUUUUCACAUUUUUUUGUCAGUGAAUGAAUAUUUAGUAAUUCAAGUUUCUCUUCAGUCCCAAACCAAUAAAUCUCAUUGAAAUAACGCCCCCAUAGAGCAUGAAAUCCAUUUAGAAUGAGUUCCAUCAGUACUAAUCUCAUUGCAGGCCUUGAGUCUACUGUAAUGGUUUACAAUAUGUUUCUCAUAAUGUUCCUCAUAAUAUAUAAAUGUUUCCAUUGAUAGCAUGAGGUGAUGAUUGAAAUAAAUAAAAAGAAAAUAUGUCAG